GAAUGCAUGCACUGCAACAGAAAUUAAGAGGAAAUCAACAAGAAAAGAAUAUCCAGUAUGUCAGAGCUCUGUGGAAAUAAAACAGAUUUCUCAGGAAUCAAUGGAACAGACAACAAUUGCAGUAAAAGGUGUUCACUGGAACAAGAUCAACAACACAUUACAGUUCUGCCUUGGAUCUAUCUGACCCUGGCUGUUGUGGGCUUCCUGGUCAAUGGACUUGCCAUGCUGGAUCUUUGGAGGUCUGAAAAGACACCAACCGUCAUCUUCACCUUAAACAUAGUGGUAUCUGACUUGAUGGUUUGCUGCAGCUUCCCCUUUAGAACAGCUUACUACAGCUCUGGCUCUGAAUGGAAGGCUGGCUCUUCCAUCUGCUUGAUCACAGGGUUUGUUAUGGUUUGCUUCUUUUCCAUUAACCUCUACUGUAACAUGUGCUUCUUGCUGUGGACUAGCAUCAACCGCUAUGCUACAGUGGUACAGCCACGCUGGGCUUUAUUCCAAGCCUUCAGGCAGCCAAAGCUCUGCUGGGUCAUCUGCGCCAUCACCUGGAUACUGGGAACCACCAGUGUAAUUGGACCUCUGGGAUAUAAGGCGAGCCUGAAUCCUACAGGACCAGAACUGAUUACCUGCUUUUACCAGAUGGUGAACAAAGGAAUGGAGCAAGGGGACACUUUACAAGCCAUAGGUGUUGGAAUAUUCUUUUUCAUCCUUGGCCUGAUGCUAGUCAGUUACAGUCUGCUGAUUUUCCACUUGCAGAAGGUGAGAGGGGGAAGCAUGGUUGGUGCUGGUUUCGGGCCAGGGGGAGGCCUAAAGGUGAGGAGGAAAAUCCUGGCCACUGUGGUUCUUUUUGUCGCCUGUUUCCUGCCCUACCAUGUGCAGCGGAUCAGGAUAAUGGCUGCAUCGGACAGCAGAGACUGUCAGCAAAAGCGAAAAGACUUGGAUGUGAAGACUCUCACCAUUGUAGUGGCAGCACUCAGCUGUUGCCUGCAUCCAAUGAUGCACCUGGUGCUGCGUUUGCCCUGCUGCAGAGUCAAGCGCAACGUGAGACCCAAUCCUAAACCAGAAAUUACACGAAGCCAAAUUACACCUAAUAUACAAGCCACUGAGUUGACCCCAAAUGUUAAAAAGGAGUAAUGGUGAGAAAUCAGCAAGAAUUUGAGAAAGAAACAGACAUUAACUAUAAGUCUAGAAUAUAAAGUCUUUUCAGUGAGGAAUCUCCACUGAAAUUAUAAUUCUGUCCAAGACUAGAGUUCUAAUAUUCUAGUGCUGUGUUCAGAAUUGCUGCUUAAAACAAAAAUUGUGCACUAUUUAAUGUGUCACCUAUUUUGUAGUGUUGUUCGAAAUCUCAGCAGUAAUCUCCUUAUAUGUACAAUUCUACUGAAUUACUUCAAACUGCAGUGCAACAUUAAAAAAAAUACACAAAUAAAUAAAUAGACAGAAAUAAAUAUAAAAACAAAAAAACAUAUUUACAAGGAUUAUCUGAUGAUCUAUUUAAAUUGAGAUAGUAAUAAGCUAAAUAUAUACAAAAUCAUCAUUGAUAUCAUCAUCAUUGAGGUACUUCCUUUUGGGAGGUAGCUGUCCCAAACCUUAACUCCUAAAACUUCUGAAAAUAACCCUUACAUUUUUUUGGCAUUUUUAAAAUUUUAUUUUUAAAAAAGAUCUGCGUAAUUUCUUUUAUAAUGAGUUUAAAUUUUUAAAUAAAAAGAACUUUAUUCAGAAAAUGUUAUACAUUUUCAUGUCACCACCAGACAGAGUUUUUAAGUCCAUAGGUGGAGACUUGUUUUAGCCAAACCCUUGCAUUUCAGAGCAGGAAGUGAGACUGCAUCCUUGUCCCUCAUGGCCACACAGUGAGCUGUUAGAUCCCAUUGUUCUGAAGUAAAUGUGUGCAAAAGUCUGAAAAUUAGUGUGUGUUUAUUAUUAUUGUGUGUAUACUUGAAUCAUCUGAUAACUUUUCAUGACUUUUCCAGUUCAAAAACAAAACAAAAACAAAAUUCGGGACCAAAGGUUAAUGCAUGUUGUGGGCAACGUGCAUAGCUGCCUUCACAACCUCAGAACAGUGUAGGCUACACAUAUCAGAUCAGUUCACAUAUCAGAACACUCAGUAGGCCAGGCCCUCAGAGCAAGAAUUCAUCUGGAAGUGACUAAAUACUGGCCAGCUCAAAAAAACUGGCCAGCUCAAAAAACACCCAAAAUAUACUUGCUACCUUUUAUUACCUCUUUGCUUUUAGUCUGCAUAUUAUAACAACAGGGUUAAAGGAAUGACAUGAUGUAUAUAUCAGAACACUCCUGAUAGUAAACAUCGAUUUGAAAUUUAAAAUGAAGCCUGUUAGAGUUUUAGUACACAGCAUAAAUCCAAGAGGACAGAAAAUCAAUAAAAACAGUCGACUUCUGCUAUUUAUUUAGUUGUAGGCAAUCAUGUGCAAUAAAAUGAACCACUAGCAAAAUUCUAGUCUUCUCAGCUCACAAACACUCCAGUUGAUGUGGUGAUGCUGAAAUGGUAGCAGUACCACUGAGUGAACAUGAGCACUCACCACCAGGAAAGCAUAAAGUCAUGUGAAAUAGGCCUACAUGGGUGGGGUCAUUGGUCCUGUGAAAAACUGACUUCAAUCAAAGUUUGUGUUUUUCGACCCUGAAAUAAAAAUGACUAAAAGAAAUCCAUGAUAGUAUUUUAGACAACUUGUAAACAUGUUUUUUUGAAUUUAUUAUUUUGUAAGGAUAAUUUGGUACUAGAUAUGCACUGGGCAGGUGUUUUUGAGUUCUGCUCAACAUUAGCUAAAACUUUCAUUUCUGAAACAGUCACUAGUGAACCAUUUAAUAAAGCUUCAGUAGCGUUAUGACUGUUUAACUAGUGACGAAAUGGAAUAUUUAUUUUAAUAACAAACUUAAUUAAGUAUAAGGUCACCAAAGCAAAAGUCUGAAACGGGUUUUCAACUCUGACUCUGUACCAGUUUGGUAGCGUGAUCCAUAUAUAUAGUACACUAUUGAAGACCCAUAGUGCAUUGCAAAGUUUAAUGCACAGACGAGUUGCACUUCAAAUUUUGAUGUACAUCAUAAUUCAACAUAAUCAAGUGUCUUGAUAAACAGCAGAAGAAGAAGCUGGAGGAGGCUAAAAUGAGAUGGAAACACAUGCACACAGACAGCAAAGGAUGCAAGAUGGCAAUUUUAUAUACAGAAGCCAGUGUUUUGUUUUUUUUUUUUAAAAAAGGAAUGCUGACACUUAAAUUAGUGAACAGGCAAUGCAUACUUAACACCAAGUAGCUUCACAGACAGAUUCAAAUGUAUGAAGGUAAAUUUCUAGGUAAAUUUAUGGCAGCUUCUCAGCUGGUUAAUAUGUUUUACUUGCUCACUCUUAAGUAUUCCUCAGUGUAGCCUGCUGAUGUUCAUCUAGCUGGCCAAACAUCCUGCAUCUGUCAAGCAUAACAGUUAAUCAUGAUUCUGUAUCUCUGUCUGUGGUGGUCUGCCCGCACUAUUUGCAGCUGUUCGCUGCAAAUACACCUCUGUUUUCACUGCUUUCAUUUUCUAUUACAGCAAAUAUCUAUGAUGGGAUAAUCUUAACAAGUAAGAUAAAUACAAACUAAAUUCACACACUGACAUAACUGGGUGACAUCACAAGUGCAAACCAGGCUUGGCUGUUAUUCUGUUUUCAUACCAUCAUACCCUCCUGAAAUUUCACUCAGGAACAUGGUAUAUGGUGGUAUUUGUGUAAAAGCUGAGCUAUAAUACUUCUGUCAGCUCGUCUAGCAUUGUAUCAAAAAUUUCACUUUACACGGUUACCAGUAAGCAGAAUAAGUGAACGCAGCGCACAAUUCCCAAGCCAUCAAUCAAAUAAUGUCAAAACCAUCUACUGAAUAACAAAAUGUUAAAGGUGCUUCUAACUAGGAGAGAGAAGCUGGUUAGCAUUAGCGCCGUUAGCUUGUUAACAGCUCUGCCCACCAAGGCAUUUGUUCAAUUCUGGCUAACUAAAGCACUGACAAGUUUCGAUGAUUAAAAAUAAUGAUUAAAACCCGACAGGCUACGUUAAACAGAAGGCUACCUUAACCAAAUAUUUAGAAGAUAAAAACGUCUGAGAAAGCAAAAGUAAAAAUGUACAAUAAAUUGAAAUCCAACACUUUCUGUGGUGUUUGUUUGAGGGCUUAGUUAGCAGGCCAAACGUGCUACAACACAGCAUGGAUGUAGCUAACUGUAGUUAAAACUACACCUGUUUAGAGGACAGAGCAAGACUGAGUGAUUGGUGUUGGAGUGAAAGCUGAAAUUAAUGUAUUCUGUGGUGGGUGCAGAGAACGUGUGGUUCUGAUGCAUGUAGGUCUUCACCAUAUAGCUUAGCUGCUAUCAUGCUUUUUUUUCUGAGGUCUUUCCUGACUCUGACUCUCCCCCUUGCUUGUUCUGUUAGAGCCACCUGUCGAUGAGCUCCCACAUCACUAGAGAGCUGCAUACUUUUUUGAGGUAGUAGCAGUUCCCAAAAGAACAGCGCUUUCAUAAGAUCACCUUUAGUAGAAAUAAGGCAUCUUGAAUGCCAAGUUUCUGAAUUACUUCUCAUAAACACUCCAUCCACUGUUUCUUCUGAAAUCAAGGGUAUUAAAAGGGAGUUUGUCCCCCCUUUGCUGCAAUAAUAGCUUUUGGUCUUCUGGGAAGGUUUAAUACUCAUACUGGCCAUUGAACAUAAUGAUCUUGAGCUUUAAGUCUUUUCUAUGGAGAUUAUGCUGUGUGUGUGCAAUUGAAGGCCUCUGUCAGCAAUCGGUGCACCUUAAAGUACCUUAGUAAUUUACUUAAGUAUAAUAAAAGUUACUAAUUCUAAGGGGUGUCUGAAUAAUUUUGAGCAUAUAUUGAACAACUGUUCAUAUGUUCUGUUCAAGUAUAAACUGCAUUAAAAUAAAGGCUAAUUCAAAUAUAAUGUAAACAGGUGCAAAAAUCCAAACUGUAAAAUAGACAGCAACUGCUUAACCUGAGCACAAGCCUAUGUUAAGACUUACAUAAACAUUAUUAAUCAGAGCACACAAACAAAUGUGUGUGCGUGUGUUUAAAGUACUUUGAAUGUUCCGACUGAAUACUGUUGCUGACCUGAAUUCCACUGAGUAACUUUUUUUAUUGUAAUAUAAUUGCAUGUAUGGUCCUAAUGCUGAGUGUAAAAAUAAAUGGGACUGUAUAAACUCA